CAGGGAGAUCAAGGCAGGCGGAGAGGCAGGUUUAUUUCGAAUCCAUAGCGACCGAUUUAUGUGUCCCUUCCCUUCCUGCUCAAGCCCUUCCCUCUUGCGGGCGCCCUAACAACGACGUCGCUUUGUUUCCUCGCCCACAGGUUGAUUCAUUUUCCGUGAGCGAUUGGAUUUCCCCUCCACUGUUUGUUGGCGUGAAGGUAGGACGGAUGGGGGGAGGGGGUGGAAUGGUGGAAGGGUGGUAGGUGGGUAGCCUGUUGUAACAUGAAUUUUCCAAACCGAUGCAAAUGCUCGUUUACGUUUCGCCAAGUGCAUGGUGCACAAGUGACCGGAGGCGCUCGCUGCUUGUGACUCAUACAAUCGAUGGCAGCAGAAUCGCGCGCGCGUUCAACUUGAAACAACAUGUAAACGUGUGUGCGUAUGUGUGCGAGUGUCGGUGUGUUUUGUUUGUGUGCCCUUACUCAUCGGAAACUGUGUGUGUGUGUGCUUGUGUGCAUUGCAGCCGAUAUGCAAAUGUGGGGACAGCAAAAGGAGUUUUGAAUUUGCAAAUUCCCAACACUUUAUAGCGUCUCUUGUAUCUUUCUUUCUUUUUUUUUGUUGUAAUUCAUGCUAACCUGCUGACGCAAGGAGGGCUUUAAACGCAGAAUCGCAGGCACUGAUAGAAGAGCAUCAAUGAGCGUUGUUUGAGCGGGGGAGCAGCGCGCAGUCACGGCGAAAAAUAGGUCACGCGGAAAGCGUUUCAUUCAUACACAGCAGCAGCAGCAGCAGUCCUGUCGCACGUCCUCGUCGUCGUCCUAGUUGUCCGGCACGAUGAGGGAGAGAGAGCGAAAGAGAGAGAAAGAGACAGAGCCUUGAAAGGGGGACGACCGACCCAUUUGAUUCAUAAAAGAUGCCCGGCAAAAGGCCAACUACUAGAUACACCACUGGUGGCGGUGGUGGAUCUAUGUGCUGACAUUAUACGUCCGGCGACAAAAGGAGCCACACAGCCACUUGAAAGCAAAGGCGAUAUAGGCGACACCCGGAAGAACGUUCUGCUGUUUCUGCUGCUGCUGCUCUGGUUCCGUUCGACCCCAAGUCCGUCAACACGAGUGCAAGGACGAAGAAUGAACGAUGUGUGAUAGAUUGUGUCCAUGUGGCGUGUGUGCGUGCGUUUAUAUCAUAUGAAUAGGCGCAUCGAUUGCCGAUGAGGAGUCAUCGAUAGCAGUGAGGGAUAAUCCUUUCUGGAGGCGCCUGUAAGAAAAAUGGCAUCGCACACACAUAGCAACGGAAUGGGUGCAGCAGCACCAGCCCGGAGAAUGUGCGCCUAUGGAAUGUGGUGGUGCAUAGGAACUUGCAUAGGCCACCUCACAAUCGCCAUUGAAUGUCCGUCAGACGAACACUGUCACUAAGCACUCAGACAAAAUGCAGGAGGAAUUUGUGCUCCCGGGUUUCUAAACAGCCAACCGUCACCUUAGAGACGCACCGCGAGCGAGGGAAGAACUGUUUAACUGCUCGGGCUCCCAACCGCGCGCACAUUCAUAUAAAUCUGUCGGGGCGCAAAAUGGUAUUGCGCGCGUACGCGAACAAUUUAAAAAUAAUCUAUUUUAAAUGAUUUAACAAUGACCAUCGCGCGCGGAACCCAAUUGUGUAGCGUCGGGGGUCCCCAGUGCGAGCGGGGAAGGGGCAGUGUAAUGCAAAGUAAAAGAAGAAGCAAGCCAUGAGCAAUGUGCUGCCGUCGCCGCCUGCUUCGUCUGUGUUACUCUCCCCAUCCCAUGUAAUGUUUUGCUUUUCUGAAGCAUAUCGAUAGAGAGAGAGCCCCUAGAGCCGCCGCAACGAUAUGUGUGUGUGUGUGCACACUGUUUCGCAUCUUUUUCCCGUCACACUAUUUUUAGUGAUAAAGUAAAAGCGCACACGAGAUAUCAGAGGAAAUUAUGGUGGGGGUGAAGGCUUGGAUGGUGAAUUUUAAUUAAAUUGUGUGCAAACAUGGUGACGCUUUCGGGUUGAGCAGUGUGCGCCGUUCGCUCCGGUCUCUAUUGGCAUGGAGGCUCCAGUUUCCUUUCCAUCCUCUGCUCCGCCCAAACCACAUCCAAUCCUGGACACUCACACACACACUGUAUGAUGGGAUGGCGCGGUUUGGCUUGCUGCUGCUUCUGCUGCAUGUGGCAUAUGCAAAAUGGGCCAGUGGCGCAAACGAAAUUUGCUUCCGCUUCCGAUGGGGUAAUUUGUGCUGAACGUAGAGAUAAUCGUUUCACAUUAAACUGUUAACUGAUAAAUUCAACAUCAUCAUCAUCAUCAUCCAGGAGCGCUAUAACCAUUCGCCUCAGAGAAGUUGGGAAAGUGUCGGACGUGUUCGAUCUCUACCGUCACACGCAGGCAAUCUCCACCAGUGUCGCAAAAAACCAAAAAAUCCCGUAGCUUACUACCGAGAUAGCCGAGAACGAUGGGUGCCUUUCUGGAGAAGCCAAUGACCUCCAAGCACAACGAGCACGGCGAGGGCAAUGGGCUGCGGUACGGCGUCGGCUCGAUGCAGGGCUGGCGGUGCGAGAUGGAGGACGCCUACCACGCCAAAACCGGGCUGGGCGACAGCCUGGACGACUGGAACUAUUUCGCCGUGUUCGAUGGGCACGCGGGCGACAACGUGGCCAAGCACUGUGCGGCCAACCUGCUGCAGCGCAUCAUCACGACGACCGAGUUCGGCAACAAUGACAUCACCAAGGGCAUACACACCGGCUUCCUGCAGCUGGACGAGUCGAUGCGCGCCAUUCCCGAGCUGGCGUCCGGGCUGGACAAGUCCGGCACGACCGCCGUCUGCGCGUUCAUCUCCGGCCAGCACCUGUACAUAGCGAACUGUGGCGAUUCGCGCGCCGUCCUCUGCCAGAACGCCCAGCCCAUCUUCACCACCCAGGACCACAAGCCGAUCCUGCCGGGCGAGAAGGAGCGCAUCCAGAACGCGGGCGGCUCCGUCAUGGUGCAGCGCGUGAACGGCAGCCUCGCGGUGAGCCGGGCGCUCGGCGACUACGACUACAAGAAGGUGGCGAACUUGGGCCAGUGCGAGCAGCUCGUGUCGCCCGAGCCGGAGAUAUUCUGCCGCGACCGGGAACCGGCCGACGAGUUUCUGGUGCUCGCCUGCGACGGCGUCUGGGACGUGAUGAGCAACGAGGAGCUGUGCCAGUUCGUGCACAACCGGCUGGAGGUGUCCGACAACCUGGUGGACGUGGCGAACCAGGUGAUCGACACCUGCCUGCACAAGGGCAGCCGGGACAACAUGAGCAUCAUCAUCAUCGCAUUUCCGGGCGCGCCGCCCGUCUCGGAGGAGGCGCAGAAGCGCGAGGAAGCGCUGGAGCAGCACCUGCGGGCCCGCAUCGAGCAGAUACUGGGCGAGAUGAGCUCGAUCGAGUACGGCGCACUGCUGAAGGAGCUGGCCCGCGAGGACAUUCCCGACCUACCGCCCGGCGGUGGCCUACACGCCAAGUGUUCGUACGUGUCGAAGGUGUUUAAGGAGCUGCAUCCAAAGCUGGCCGAAACGUGCGAAAUGGGAAACUACUAAAAGCAGGGACGGCAGGUAGUGCGAAAAUAGAACAAACAAAAAGGAAAGGUUAUAAAGUAAUAAUUACAACAAAAAGAUGCAAAGAUGUCCCACGCCCUUCCCGGUGGUGUUGUAUCCUCCGCCCAGUCCCACACAUUCUUCCUUCCCAGCGAGCACUUUGGCAUGCGCGAAUGUGCCGAGCAGGUGCUGGCUGACAGGGUAAAAUCGCAUACAAAGGAAUAUAGCUGGGAACGAGCAUCUUUUUUUUCUACUGUAAUCAUUCAAAUCAGGCAGAGAAUUGAUAUGAACACACACAGAAACAAAAAGCCCAAGCAUAUAAAAGGACGGAGAUCGUAAGGAGCAGUAGUAGCUAAUAAGGCUGUGUUCAUUGUUGCUGUUAUAGUGAAGAGAGAGAGAGAGAAAAAGAGAAAACACAAAAUAAUGAAAAAAGUGAACAUACAUACUGAACAUACAGACGUACACAAAGCAACACAGCAGCGCAGAUUGUCUUCAAAACAUGGGUGCCAAGUGAGUUGUGUGGUGAGGUGUCGCAAGUAAACAAUUAAAACAAAACAAACCCAAGCUAUACACUGUACAGAACGCACACACACACACACACACACCAUCGGCGCCAUUUUUUCAUUUGAUUAGCGGAUAGCUGGUAGUAUACAUAGCUCAACACUGGUAGGGACCGGUAAGGACACAGUCAAAAGAAGCAGCAGCAACAGUAAGAGCAUCGUAAGAAACAAAACGUUUAAGUUACAUUAAUUAAGUAUGUUUUUAGUUUUUAAAGUACUAUCUGUAUUAUUCUUCGGAUUAGCAGUUUUAAAUCUAAAUUUAUGCCGUGUUUAGGGGCGCUGAAUUUAACGAACCCUUAUGCUAAUUAACUACUAUAUGAAUGUGGCAGUUGCGUACAAGUAUUGCGCGGAUCUAUUGCUUUCUUUAGUUUGUGCUUUCCGUUCGUAUUCUUUUCACUUUCGUCCACUUUGUCAGGACGUUUUACGGUUUCCAUUUUGUUUCUCAGUGAAAUGAUAGUGUAAGACUAGGCCGAUAGGUUUGUUAGCGUGUUGUUGUGAUAGUGCUAAAUAUUACUCGCCUACUCUCCCCCCCUAUCUGCCAUCCCCCCUUCAACGCUUUACUCUCGCUCUGUCCCUCCCUUCUUGCAAGUGCUGCUGUUGUCAAAAGGUAUAUUAACUAAAUUCAAGUUUGUUUGUGUUGCGAUUGUCGUAUAGCAGCGCUCUCAGCUAUGAAAAAUGAUAAUGGAUUACAAAGGAAGUAAAAAAUACUACACACAAACACUACACACACCCGAAAAGCGACAGCAAACACACACAUUUCUCGUAUAGGAUUAUAAAGGGAGGGGAGUAAGCUGUAAAAGUCAUAAAAGACAUGUUAUAUUGUAGCGUUGGCGUCGAUGGAGUUGGGUUGGGUAGGGGGUCAGAAUUUAAAAAAAUGGUAACGGGUAACGGGGAAUGAGAUAAAGGGCGAAAGGGAAAGCGAAACACAGGAGUUGAUAUAAUGUAUCGUAGUACGUUAAGAACCAUUAACAAAACUAUCCUUCACAUCAUACUGGUCCUUUUUUGUUUGUUCUUACUGAAGAGAAAUGAUGUUGUGAUAAGACGAAAAAACACAGAAAAGGAAUGAACAUACAAUGUCCAAUGGGGGCACGGACGAGUAGAACAAAGAAGAGUAGUUUUGAUCAUAGAAAAGGUAACAGACAAGUGAGGAACACACACGGCAGAGCAAACAAAACACGUGUGAAGGAACAACCAUAAACGAGCUCGAUCUUGCGUGUUUUGAAGCAUGUGUCUGGGACUCGCUGUUCGAAGCCCUUUCCUUCUACUCGUGUACUUGUAUAAGCAAUUUUCUGUUAAGAUAAGAUGUUUGAGAAGAACACCACUCUCCCGCGCCCUUACUUUUUAUUCACAAUGCGUGAAAUUCAUUAUCUUGCACUGCAUCAAACGUAGAAUGGGGAAAAAAUGGGAAGUAAUCGAUCGAAUGAAGCAACGACCCACAGCGUCCACGAAAAAACGGAUGCUAGGUUGCAAAAAAAUGGCAAAAUGUAUUAAUAUGUUUACCAAACAAGCAAACAAACAAACAAACAAACAAAUCCCUUUUUUGAAUUUGGUUCCAAGCUUUAUCGGUUUGGUUUGAGAACUGGAGUAGCGCAGUAAAAGUGUCCAAUGCGAUCAUACCGGAGUAGAGGCCAUGGAGUAGAAAGAAGGGAGAGGAAAGCAUACUAAGUAAAACAAGUAGUAGGGGGAAAAACAUUCCAUAAGAUCCACACACUCACAUACCUACACAAAGCACACAAGCCUACUAGAUUAGAACCGUCAUGCAAGUGGGCAUGUUGUUCCACCCUUAAAGGAUGGGAUUUGUAAAAAGGAGGCAAGCAAGCAACAAAACCAUGUGCGAAGAAUCAUUUUGUACCGGACAGAGAGAAAGACAGCAAGUGUCAGUGGAAAAACAACUCCCAGCGGUAGUGAUUAGUAUUUCAUCAUCCUACAACCAAGUUUAAUGUUUGGCUGCGUGCGCGCCCCUUGCAAGAAGUUAAUAAUAUCAAGUGCGCCCGUCGUUUGUGUAUACUAGCUUUGCGGUGUGUAUAUCGCUCGCUCUAACACUUCCCUAGACAUACAUCCCCCCCCUCCCCAGAGUACGUGGGGAUGCAUUAUGUUUGUAGUAGUUGCGAGCAGAGGGCCAAACGUAAAAUGCAAUCAAACCAACAAAAAGAGAAGUAAAACAUACUCACCCAACAUUCAUCUAUACAUUCAGAACUAUAUUUUUGCAUUUAAAAUACGCGAGAUGUACCGGCGGUUUGUAGGAGGGGGAGUCGUCUUCAAAGACACGAGACAUCGCGCGUUCCAUUGAGUGUGUGCUGUAAAACUUGAAAACCAUCACUAGAAAAAAACGGAAAAACACUACACAAAAACACUCCAAUGUAAUGUAGCUGUCCUGUUUCGUAAGAACCUGGAGGCCAGCUUCCCAUUGAAAACAUACACCCAGACACACACACAAAUACUGUAAAUGAAAAAGAAAAUAGAGUUGGUGUUUUAUUGCUAGAA